CUCUCUUUUACUGAGAAAUCUAUCUAGUCAUUUCCUGUGCAAGCCCUUCUUCACUUUGCAAAAAGCUAUACAGUUGAGUAAAUAAUAACAGUCAGCGGUUAUCUCUUCUCACAGGCAGCCUGGAUUCUCUCAUGGACCACCACCAACCAGAAGUUCAAUGCUGCACCAUCAGAAGAAUGCUAAUAUGAGCGUGGUCUUCUCUGCAGAAGAAGAGGGCUCUCACCCAUGGAUGUAAAUGACUUGGGGUCUGCUUUCAUGCUUAUUAACACUUACUUGACUUGGUUUCUACGAAGAGAUUAUUUAACCUCUGAAGGAUCAGUUGGGAUCCCCCGUCAGAUCAGUUCUUGGGUGGAGCUUGCAGCAACUUGGGGGUCUUUUUUUUCAAGAACCAUCUUGCUCUUGCUUUUAAACCAGACAUUCUGUCUGUAAAAGACUGACAGUAAAUAACUCUCUUGAGCGCUGUGGAGAAAUGGAAACUGCAGCUGAGAAAUGAUUUGGGGGAAAGGAAGACAGAAAACCACAAGCAAACUAUUAUGGAAGUACAAAUAACCCUCUGAAGGAUUGACGAAUGUACCAGCUAUGGAGUCUGGCUGUAGUCCCAGCAAGGGAGAUUUCUCUUCAGAGAAAAUCUGUUAACCAUUUGGAGGGAGUACAUGCGAAUAAGACGGAGUUAUUAAGCUCUGGUUCAGGUUUAGUCUCCCUGUGGGGAACGUCUGGUGAUCUGCAAGACAAUCUCUGCUAGAAAUGGAUAACUUCACAAAUGGGCAGCCAGGCCCGGGUCAGCGGAACAGGCUGAUGGGAUUGCUAGAAACAGAUGACAGUAUCCCUGAAGAUAAACCUACAUCAAGUAAAAAGGAUGAAAGAUCAGGGCUACAUGGGAAGAAAGGAGAGCCACAGCCCUUGGAGACACCUUAUCAAAAGGAAAGCAGUGACUUCCCUCCUAAAGUCAUGAUUAAUCUGAACUAUCGGCCUGGACUUGUCAGCAACCAGAAGGACCCCAAUCGCUUUGACAGAGACAGGCUGUUCAGCGCAGUCUCCAGGGGCAGCCCCGAGGCACUGAACGGCUUACUUGAGUACUUGAGGAGGACCUCAAAAUUUCUCACCAAUUCUGAAUACACAGAUGCAAAGACGGGGAAGACCUGCUUAAUGAAAGCCCUGCUGAAUUUAAAAAAUGGAAAAAAUGACACAAUCCCACUGUUGCUGGAAAUAGACCAAAAGACACAGAAUCCCAGGCCACUCGUCAAUGUGGCAUGCUCUGACUGCUACUACAGAGGCCAGACAGCACUCCAUAUUGCAAUAGAGAAAAGGAGCCUGGACUUAGUGAAACUUCUGGUAGAGAAUGGAGCUGAUGUCCAUGCCAGAGCCCAUGGCGAAUUCUUCAGGAAGAAGAAAGAGGGAGUUUGCUUUUAUUUUGGUGAACUUCCCCUCUCCUUGGCUGCUUGUACCAACCAGCUUGAUGUGGUGGAAUAUCUUCUAAACAACCCUCACCAAAAAGCCAGGCUCCAGGAGCAAGACACACUGGGCAAUACAGUCCUGCAUGCCCUGGUGAUGAUUGCAGAUGACACUGAGGAGAACACCAAGUUUGUGAGCACAGUAUACGUUGAGAUCUUGAAGGCAGGUGUGAAGCUUGACCCAACAUGGAAACUGGAAGAGAUAGUGAAUUAUGAUGGAUUAAAUCCUCUACAGCUUGCUGCCAAGACAGGCAAAGUAGAGAUCUUCAAACACAUCAUCCAAAGAGAGAUCAAAGACCCAGUGUACAGGCACCUGUCACGCAAGUUCACCGAAUGGACAUAUGGGCCCAUCCACGUCUCCCUCUAUGACUUGUCCUCUCUAGACAGCUUUGAGGAAAACUCUGUGCUGGAGAUUCUGGCAUACAGCAGUGACACGCCAAAUCGGUACAAGAUGGUGGUUUUGGAGCCACUGAACAAAUUGCUCCAGCAAAAGUGGGAAACAUUUGCUUCCAAGAGAUUCUACUUCAGUUUUAUCUCAUACUUGUCAUUCAUGAUCAUAUUUACAGCCAUUGCCUACUAUCAGCCCUUACGGGUAAAGCCUUCAUUUCCAGUGGAGUUCACAGCCGGAGGCUUCCUGUGGGUCUCUGGACUGAUCAUUAUCUUGCUAGGAGGCAUUUAUCUAAUUUUUGCUCAGAGUCUGUACCUGCGGAGGAGACGCCAGUCCCUGAAGACUAUGUGUUCUGACAGCUGUAUUGAGAUCUUGAUCUUCAUCCAGGCUUUCUCCUUGCUGUUGUCAGCAGUCCUGUACGGUGCAAGCUCAGAAAACUACGUGGCAGUGAUGGUGUUCUCCCUGCUUUUGGGAUGGGUGAACAUGCUGUAUUACACUCGGGGCUUUCAGCGCACCGGGAUUUACAGUGUCAUGAUACAGAAGACUAUCCUGAGAGAUCUGCUGCGUUUCCUCUUGGUUUAUAUGAUCUUCCUCUUUGGCUUUGCUGCAGCUUUGGUUACCCUGAUGGGGGAUGCUCCUUCACUGUCUCAGAACAAGUCUGUUGCUCAGAUGGAGAAUGCUGGAAGCCAUGCUAUGUAUGGGGGGCUGCUCAGCGUCUCCCUGGAGCUCUUCAAGAUCACCAUUGGGAUGGGUGACCUGGAUUUCCAGGAACAUGCCAGAUUCAGAUACUUCGUCAUGCUUCUGCUGCUGCUUUUCGUGAUCCUCACUUAUGUUCUUUUGCUCAACAUGCUGAUUGCGCUCAUGAGUGAGACUGUCACUGAUAUUUCUGGUGAUAGCAAAAGUGUCUGGAAGCUGCAGAGGGCUAUUGCUAUUCUGGAAAUAGAGAAGGCCUGGUUGUGGCGCCAAGGUGGGAAGAGGAGAUCUGGCUGCUUUAUGUCAGUGGGCCUCAAUAAGAAAGAUGAGAGGUGGUGCUUCAGAGUAGAGGAAAUUAAAUGGACAAAUUGGGCAAAGGAGGUGGGAGUUCUUAAGGAGGACCCUGGAAACACCAGUGAUUCAGAAAUAAAUCCAGAAGAGACAAGAUCAAGGAAACAGGUGACACAGAAACAACUGAGAUCAGCUGUUUCAGAGGAGCAGUCACUACUGCAGCCCCAGCUAUCAGCAACUGAGAUGAUGCCUCUAGAGGGACAAACCAGAAAUCUUUAGCGUCUUCAAAGGAGUAGUCUUCCUAUAGCAGCUUGAAGAAUUGAAGGCAUUGCCAGUAUUAAAGUGCAUUUCACCGAAGACUGUGGUUCAGCCUGUGGCUUUAAGUGUUUUCAAGCACUUUAAUUAUGAAUUUCCUCUGAAGAAGCCAUUUUAUCUCAACCUUCUCUGCCUGACACUUUCUUAUUACUAUGUUUAAAGGUGCAAGAGCAAGAUCAUAGUGGCAGUGGGGAGUGGCCUUUGGGAGGGCAGUGCUUUGUCAGCUGCAUAGAAAUAAUGCUGUUUGCCAUAAACAAGUGAAGGAUGGAGUUGACCUGCCUAAGAACAGGUUGAUUUUUUCUUUUGUCACAAGAGACUGCACUGAAGUGCUUUGGAAUAAAAAGUAUUUUAGAGGCAUAAAGAGUUACCAACGAUGUAGCUGGUUUCUGUGCAAAACACUACUGGUGUGAGAUGUGAGUGGACAAAUACUCUAGCUUCAGUCAUCAAGAGCCAUACUAAAUCUUUGUCUUAAUACCUACUAAAA